CAGGUCUGCAAAUGAAAACACACAGUAUGUUAGAAUAUGUUUGCUGUAUUGUCGAAUUUUCAUCAUCAAUGUUUUGAUUUCAAAAUCACACCAAAGAACAGGGCUGAACCGUUGCGCCAAGAGCUGCAGGCUAAGGUGGAUGAAUUAUCUACGGCCAAACAUCAAGAGAGGAAAUAUAUCCGAUCAAGAAGAGGACUUGAUCAUUAGGCUUCAUAGACUACUCGGAAACAGGUGGUCUUUGAUUGCAGCAAGGCUGCCGGGUCGAACAGACAAUGAGAUCAAGAACUACUGGAAUUAUCAUCUGAGCAAGAAGAGGUUAGACAAAGGGGUACUGGUUGCUGGGAUUUCGACACGGGGAAUGGGGUGUAAGAGUGAUCAACAAACAGUACAUGCAUCUAGUAGUAGUAGUGGUGUGGAGGAUUUGGAAACAGGGUUUAAUGUUGAUGACUUCUUUGAUUUCUCUAAUGAAGAUCCAACGACUAUGGAGUGGGUCGCUAAGUUCACUACAGAUGGCUGACCAGACCAUUCUAUAAAGAACUAGGAGCUGUAAUGAUUUUGAUUACUUCUUUAGAUAAUGGUGAGAGGAUUGAACUUUUUGAAUGAUUCCUGGACUUUUAGUAAUUAGUGGAAUCGACUAAUGGAGAGUUUUGAAUAUGAGAAUGAUUCCCAUUUCAAUAUGAAUCAUUCAAAAUACCAAAUAUGAACCUAAUGGCAACUUAGUUUCAUCGAAUGACAAAUUUAUUCAAUGUAUACUAUGCUUAUCAGUACAAGCUUUGAUUUAUAAUAAAGAACUUGUUUGUGGAAUGUCGAUGACUAUCAAGAAUUCUGUAAAUGCAUGCAGCACAACAUAUUGAGGAUUGAUCAGUCUCAAUUGAUUCUAUUCGUCUACAGUGACUAUCUAAGCUAGAAAGGACACGAGUCAUGACAACUUAAGAGUAAGCUCAGAUGAACUGAAAUACAGUUAAAAAAAAAUAAUAAGAAUAAGAAAGAAGAUUGUGAUAUUACCAAUGAGACAUUUCAAA